CUGCGGCUUUCUCCGUGCAUUGUGGGAGAUGUAGUCCCUCCUGCCUUCCCUUCUCUGGUUACACAGGAAAAAGUGAAGUCCUUAAACUGCGAUUCCCAGGGCUCAUGGGGCUUCCCAGGCUGCUUUGCGAAAGCACGGCGGGCAAGAUGUGAAUGUCAAUAGUAAGGUAAAUAGGGCGUUUUAAUUCCAGAGAGGAAAAAGAAAAGGACAGAAAGGCGUGCGUAACCUCUCUGGGAUUUUUCAUCUUGAUAUCCGCCUAACACACUGCGGAAUGUGAAUGACUGGAUUUCAUGUCUCGUUCAGUUGAGUGUGUGGAUUACUAAGCUUUAGAAGUUGCAGUCCCGAAGCCCUGCGGUUUUUGUGAACAUGCUUUGUGCUUUUCUACGAGUUGUGCCGCAUAUGGAGAAGCUGCCCGGGUGUUUGGGCUGGCAGUUGCUGCCACACUUUGUGCACACGAAAGCUUGCUUGAAGACUCAGCCUUUGAGGUGGGGGCUGUUCGAGCAGAAGAAAACAGUGCAUCCUAGAACCGAGCUUGGGUUCACCCGGAAAACCUUCUGUACCCAAGGACCAGACCCCCAGAAAGUGAAAGAGGACAGCAGCAAGCAAGUGUCUGUUCACGAAAAUCAGAGAGGGGAAACCGGCCUCUCAAUGUCUCAGAAAGUGAAAGAAGCCGGAAGAGACUUCAGCUACUUGAUAGUGGUGUUCUUCGGUGUCAGCAUUACAGGUGCCUUGUUAUAUACAGUUUUCAAAGAACUGUUUUCUUCAUCCAGUCCUAAUAUCAUCUAUGGGAAAGCCUUAGGAAAAUGCAGAGCACAUCCUGAGGUGAUCAGCGUGUUUGGCAAGCCUCUGAAAGGCUACGGGGAAAUGUCAAGACGUGGGCGGAGACAGCAUGUCAGUUUUGUUGAAUACGUAAAAAACGGGCUAAAGCGCAUCCGUGUGAAAUUCUACAUUGAGGGCUCUGAACCAGGGAGGCAAGGGACCGUGCAUGCAGAAGUGGAAGAGAACCCACAGAGUGGCCAAUUUGAAUUUCGAUACGUAUAUGUGAACGUGACUCCCAUGAGAUCUAUUAUCAUUGAAGAUAACCGUUCCCAAGAGAGUUAGAAGAAUCAAGCCAAGCCACUGCCUUCUGCAGGGAUAAAGGGAUUCAUCACACUGUGCUCUUCACAACUCUCAGAAUCUGUUCAGAAAAAUAAGAAUAAAAAGUAUGUCACGCAGGAAGUGAGAGUUCAUGAGUUUGGACAAACCAGACUCAGAUUUUUUCUUGUGAAAAUCGUGAAAUGUAGCAAAUUUUACAGUAUCAUAUCAAAUUGCCAAUCAUGACAGUAUUUCAGCUCUAUGUUCAUGAGAAAAUUUUGUUACUGAAAUUUAUACACCACAUCAAUAAAAUUGCCAGUAUUUUAUGUUUUUCA